AUGGUGAUCCGAGUUUCAUCUGGAAUUUUCUCAAAAGAUUGUUGGAGUUUUCAAAUACCCGUCAGACAUGAUCCGGGUGUUCUCUCCUUAGAUGUUCGAGAUGGCGAAGUGAAAGCAGGGUUACAUGUGUCGUCCUCAUCAAUUGAUCAGCUCAAGCCGCCCAGUCGUGUGGAAAAGGAUUUCACCGAAGAAGUGGCUGAAAAAUUUUGGGUUCUUCUUACAGAUACUUUUUUAGGAAUCAAAGUAGCCGAUGAUGUGGAAGAAGAAUUCUCUUACGGGAACAGGGCCAAGGAGCUGUUGAUACAGGAGCUAGCAGAACAGGAAAGAUACGCCUGGUUUAGAUGGGUGGACAGUGGUUCAGCAAUGUCUAGCGAUCUCCUCUCAGCAGAGUAA